GCUCCGAGCCGCGCCCCGGAGUCCCCGAAACUUCCGAGCGGGAGCCGGUCCCCGCCGCCGCCGCCGCCGCCGCCGGCGCUAGCGCCCACGCCCACGCCGCCCACGCCGCGUCGCCUGCCGGCCUGAGAGCGGGACCAUGGAUGAAAGGUUCAACAAGUGGCUGCUGACGCCCGUGCUCACUCUCCUCUUCGUGGUCAUCAUGUACCAGUACGUGUCCCCCUCGUGCACCAGCUCCUGCGCCAACUUCGGGGAGCAGCAGCGGCCGCAGCCGCGCGCGGGGGACGCCGGCCCGCCUGUCGCCGCCGCCGCUGCCGCCGCCGCCGCCCGGGCUCCGGCCCGCCGGGCCCCGGCGCCGCAGCUGCCCCCGCCGCCCCGGGGAUCCCCGCCCGCGGGCGCCCGGGCCGCCCCCGACGACGAGGACGAGGAGCCCGGGGAGCCCGAGGCGGCCGAGGCGCCGGACGAGGUGGAGGGCGAGGUGAUGGAGGAGGAGGAGGAGGAGGAGGACCGGGAGGAAGAGGAGGAGGAGGAGGAGGAGGGGGCGGAGGAGGAGGAGCGGGACCCCGAGGCCCCCGAGAACGGCUCGCUGCCCCGCUUCGUGCCGCGCUUUAACUUCACCCUCAAGGACCUGACCCGCUUCGUGGAUUUCAACAUCAAGGGGCGCGACGUGAUCGUGUUCCUGCACAUCCAGAAGACGGGCGGCACCACGUUCGGCCGGCACCUGGUCAAGAACAUCCGGCUGGAGCAGCCGUGCAGCUGCAAGGCCGGCCAGAAGAAGUGCACCUGCCACCGGCCCGGCAAGAAGGAGACGUGGCUCUUCUCCCGCUUCUCCACCGGCUGGAGCUGCGGGCUGCACGCCGACUGGACGGAGCUCACCAACUGCGUGCCGGCCAUCAUGGAGAAGAAGGACUGUCCCCGCAACCACAGCCACACCAGUGCAAACUGAAAACUGUACCUCCACAAAAUAGAAGUAAUGAGACCAGUGGAAUGACUUUAGAAAAACAUGGAGGAAAACAAACAAACAAAUUUUAACGCCGAUGGUGGAACCUAGACCUUUGCUCAUCAUCUUUU